AAUUAAGCCCACCGCUUCUACCAACUAGCCGAAGAAGCUGAUCACAUGGAAAACAUUUUAUAUAGUCUUUAAAGAACCGGUUUCAGUUAAUCAUAUAGUACAACAUAAUUAUGGAAUCUGAGUAUUAGAAAGAAUAUUGGAAAGCGAUCUCCUGUGCCUACCCUGGAAAAAUAUUUUAAAUAAAAGUGAGGAAGUCCUCAACAAGCCAUCAACAACUAACAUAGGUUACAGCCACUAAAAUCAGUUCUUUUAUAUCUGGUUUAAAUCCUUAUUACUGCAGUAGAAUUCUAUGACAUGUCUCCUGUGGAAGGACUAUUUAACAUUGUUGUGAGUAGUGUAGGACAUCGGUAGAAAAAGCAGCUUUGUUUUCUUCAGAUAUUUUCAUAACCACCUAUAUUCUUUGAAAAAUAUAUUUUUACUUCUCCUGAAAUUUUUAAUAUAAAAAGUUAUCCUGAAAGGAAAUGAAAGGAAGUGAAUGAUAUCAGAAUUCAUUAAAGUCAAUCUUGGGAACGAUUUGCCUCGAAGGAUAAAGAAGGAAACAAAUGUUCCCAAGCAAGUCAAAACACAGACUAUGAGAUUUUAUUUGCCACUGCCCAUCAAAAGUGACUAUAAUUUGGGUGGGUGAAAAAAUUAAACACUUGGCUCCCAAAGAGAUGUUCCUGGAUUCAGAUACAAUACAUGAUCUGGUGCCUGGCUACAUCCACAAUCUUUACAGCACUUCUUUACCGAGAAGAAUUUAGAUUAUACUGAUUCUGAGCUGGAAGUCCUGAGCUGGAAACUCCUUUGCUACUAAGGAAACUUUCUUGAGAAAUAACCUUCUUGCUUCUAUAUACCUGAAGUCAGCACAUUAGAAGAUGAGUGACCAAAAGAAAUAUGUAAGUCAGAAAGCUGCACACCAUUCAGGCAAAAUCUGGUUGGAGAGGAGAGCUGUUCCCAUGGUUAGUGAGCUUCCCCAGCUAGCCUGUAGGUGGGUGUGUUUAACAGAAGGAAGCAAUGGGAACCCGCCUGUCAGCCAGCCUUUUGAGCUAAUUAGCUCAGCAUACAACAAAGAUAAGUGAGCCUGGGAGGAGGGCCCCCUGAGGGGUCUUUAGAUUCUGGGAAAUGUCUGAUUGGCAGAUGUUAAAAGAGAUUCUUUGGUAAUCCUGUGCAUCAAUGAGCUGCACAAAUUCAGACCAGGACUGCAAGAAUUCAGGCAUGAGGACACUGUGCAGCAGGCUCGCACAGGCAGACCCAAGAUGGACAGAACCUUGGAAUCCUUGAGACACAUCAUUGCCCAAGUCUUGCCUCACAGAGACCCGGCUCUAGUCUUCAAAGACUUGGGUUUCAUAUUACAAAGGGCUUCUGAAACAGAACUUUGCUAUGGAACUGCCCAAAAGUUAAGAUUUGUUAGCCUGAACUCAACUUUAACAACUUCUGAAACUCAUGUGUUAAGUUACAGCCCAUAAUAGGAUACAGCUGCACAAGGGUCCAAGAAUCUAUGAGAAACAGGAGUGGGAGUCAUGGAUAACCAUAGAUCUGGACAAAGUUUAUUAAGGAAAAUUUUCAAAGAAGGAAGAUGAAUGUUGUGUCAAUGUUACAGGAAUUUUGGGAAAGCAAGCAGCAACAGAGGGCUGCGUUCCCAAGUGAAGGUGUGGUGGUCUACGAGUCGCUGCCGUCUCCUGGACCACCCUUUGUGAGUUAUGUGACCCUCCCAGGGGGAAGCUGUUUUGGCAACUUUCAGUGCUGCUUAAGUAGAGCUGAGGCCAGACGCGAUGCAGCUAAAGUGGCCCUAAUCAACUCCCUCUUCAAUGAGCUGCCCUCUCGCAGGAUCACCAAGGAAUUCAUUACGGAGAGUGUGCAGGAAGCAGUUGCCUCCACUAGUGGCACUUUGGAUGACGCGGACGACCCCAGCACCAGCAUUGGAGCCUACCACUACAUGCUGGAGUCAAACAUGGGGAAAACCAUGCUGGAAUUUCAGGAGCUUAUGACCAUUUUCCAACUAUUGCACUGGAAUGGAAGCCUAAAAGCCCUUCGUGAAACAAAGUGUUCCCGACAGGAAGUCAUCUCCUACUAUUCCCAGUAUUCCCUAGAUGAAAAGAUGCGCAGCCACAUGGCCCUGGACUGGAUCAUGAAGGAGCGGGAGUCACCAGGAAUUCUCUCCCAAGAACUACGAAUGGCCCUGAGGGAGUUGGAGGAAGCCAGGAAAGCAGGACAAGAACUACGUUUUUACAAAGAAAAGAAAGAAAUCCUGAGUUUAGCCCUGACUCAGAUCUACAGUGAUCCUGACACUUCCUCACCCAGUGAUGAUCAGUUGAGCCUCACGGCCCUUUGCAGCUAUCACUAACAAGGCCAGGUCCCAGCUGCCCCCAAGGCAGGCAGAGGCCGGACUGUAACAUUAGGAAGCUCAUAGACGGAGGUCAUCAGAGGCUUUAGCAGCUAUAGAUGCUGCCUGAAGACUGUACUAAUUCUCCCCACCCAUUCCAUUCAUAGAAUCUCAGAGUAGGAGGACCCUUAUAGGACCCAACAUGUCACUCAAUACAAUUUUCCCAUCACACUCUCGACAGUUCCACCUCAGACUGAAAGGAUGGAGACAGGAUUGCUUGAAAAAUAUUUUCCAGGCCUGGCUUUAACCUGAAGCCUUGUUGACAUGUGCCUUGCUAGAUUAUAUAUGUUGUUUAAAAGAAUGGGUCAAUGUAGCAUCCCCGAAAAGAACACCAGCCAGGACUGGGGAAAAUAGCAUGAUAGCAAUUAAAAAAUACUUGGGAUUAAAUAAACAAUAUGGAUUCUUUUAAAAAAUA